AUGGCCACCCUGAAGCUGGACGGAACAGUGCCCGUUCCCAAGACCGUCAAGUCGCUGAUCGAGCGGCUGUGGUGGCGCAACUUGGCGGACCCCACCACCAUCAGCGGCCUGCUGUCGCUCGUCUACGCGCGGCCGGUGGACGACGAGCUGCUGCUGCAGCGCAUACUGGCCGCCACGGAGCACCCAGGUGCCAUCGACGCGUUCGCCAGCAUCGUGCUGUCCCCCAAGACCAAGGCCUCCUUCGACGACAACCUGCGGCGGCUGGCCUGCCCCGUGCUGCUGUGCUACGGCCAGGCGGACCCCUGGGUCGUGCCCAUGUGGGGCCAGCGCUUCAAGCGCGCCGUGCCGCAUGCCGCUUACUACGAGCUCGCGGAGGUCGGCCACUGCCCCCACCACGAGGCCCCGAUUGCUGUCAACCGCGUGCUCACCAGCUGGGUCACCGCGGUCGAGGAGCGCCUGGCGGCGCAGGCCUCGGGCGGCGGCGGCGGCGGCGGCAGCGGCAGCAUCAACAACAGCAGUCUAAAUGGCAGCAGCGGCGGGAGCGCCGCGCAGGGCGGCAGCAGCAGUAGCAGCAGCAGCGGCAGCAGGGGCAGCAGCGGCGACGACGACCCGCUCUUGGUGCACGGGGAGUUGCGGGUGGGGGAGUCCAUGCGCGUCGCGGAGGCGCGCGGCGGCGAGGUUGUGGUGACGCACGUCGCCGGCGCGCCGCGCAACGUGUUUGAGCGCGCCGACGCCGCACUGUUCGCGCUGCGCCGGCGCUUGAGUACGGCCCUGGGCGGCAGGGCCGCGGCGCCGGUGUGA